AUUUAUCAUGCAGUUUCACUUAAGAAAUUAUUCUAUUUUAAAUUAUAAUAAACAAAGUCAAUUAUUUAUUUCAUGUUUAUUAUAAAUUAUAAUAAACAUAUAUUAAACUUGUAUAUUUUCAUUUUACAUUAUAUUGGAUUUAUAUUUUAUUAUGGAUCAAUUUUAUUAAUCAUUAAUAUUUUCAUCAUAAAAUUUGAUAUGAUAUGUUGUUGGGGUAUGAAUACAUCAAUCAAUGAUAUUCAUGUUCCAAAAUAUGUACGAAUUAAACUCAAAGAAGAAUCACCUUCAGGAACAGUUGUAAUAAAUAUUGGUGAAUUUUUAAAUUCUGUUCCAUUAACUAAUUAUAACAUUUCAAAUAAUGUUGAACAUAAUUUAAAAAAUAAAAUGUUAAUUGUACCAUCUAGUUUAACAUUAGUAUCUGAAAUUUCAUCAGUGACUCGUUUAUUUAGAUUAAAUAAAGAAACUGAAAGUAUACAUACAGUGAUGGCUAUUGAUAGAGAUACAUUAUGUAGUAAAAAUCAGUUAUGUUGUUCAAACCCAACAAUUAAAAACAGUAUAAAUGGAUAUAUAGAUAAUUCUGUUCGAAUGCCUAUUUCAGGUGGUGGUCAAACAUAUAAAUCAUAUGACAGUAAAACGGCAGAUGUUUGUUUAAUACAGUUUCGUGUAAUUUUUUCUAUGCAUUAUCAUCAUGAUUUUGUCGGAAAUAAUCAGAUAGAUGGAUCAACUGAGAAAAUGGCAUACAUUACGGUAGAAAUUGAAUUAUUGGAUAUUAAUGACAACUCACCACAGUUUAUUCUCCCUGUUCCUAUGCCAAAAACAACUACACUUUUGUAUAGUCCAAUACCUGUAAUUGAAAUAUCCGUCGAAGAAUCAAUAGAAUUACAUACUUGUAUACAUUUGCCUAAAGCAUUAGAUUUAGAUUCGAGUAUUUAUGAUGUAACUGAGUAUCGAAUAGAAUCUUUAACUCAAUCAGAUAUCUUUCAAUUAAAAAACAAACUUUCCCAUUCAAAUCUUAUUGGGAUAGAUAAAAAUGAACUCCCGUUUACAUUAGAACACAAGUCGUGCACUGAUCCAUUAGUCCAGAAUUACAUUGAAGUAGACAUGAAUACUCCCGUGCAACAAACAAAUGAAGGGUUUGAACUAAUUGCAAACAAUGAACUGUUCAUACCCUCAUUAAAAGUAAUUGGUCAUCUUGAUCGAGAAACAACCGAGUAUUAUUGGAUAAAGCUGUUGGCAAUCGAUGGAAUUAAAUAUUUGGAGACUGACGCUUCCAGUUAUCAGGAUGUAAACAAUAAAAAACCAUCAAAUGAACAUUCUUUUCAAAAUACUAAACAUACUGGUACCAUUUUGAUUCGUAUUCACAUUACAGAUAUCAAUGAUAACAUUCCUAUAGUACCGAGAGCACUGAAUCUUGACAUUUCAGAGGAUGCUAAGGUAGGCACAUUAUUAGGAACAAUUAAUGGUACUGAUCCAGAUCUUGGUGACAAUGGUAAAUUACACUAUCACCUUAUGAUGGAUCAGACAGGGAUAUCAAACUUUCCAUUCGUCAUCGAUUCACAAACAGGGAGUAUAACAGUUAACAGACCGCUAGAUGCUGAUAGACUACCUCAAUCGAAUAAGCACUUACGAUUUAAAGUACUAACUAGUGAUUCCGGUAAACCGACUUCACAUUCCUCUUAUACAGUGGUUGAUGUCCGUAUAAAUGAUGUCAAUGAUGAAACACCACAGAUUAAAGUUAUAGAUUUAGAGAGCCGUAGUAACCCACCGUAUCCUACAGUAAUGGAAAAUAGACAGCCAGGUCAACUAGUAGCAUUCGCUACUGCUACCGAUGCAGAUUCCGGUCCUAAUGGUGCAUUGUCAUGUCGUAUAAAUAAUCCAAAGUUUAAACUUGAGCAAAUAACUCUGUCAAACUCUAUUCCAGACAUUAACUCAAAUAAUAACUUCAAUUUUUAUAGCCUUGAACCUUUGAGCAGUCAAUCCUUAAAAGAACCUCUAAAUACAUUAGAUUUUAAAGUAGUCACUUCCACCGAACUUGAUCGUGAGCUGAGUACGAUAGAAAUAAUAGAAAUUGCAUGUACAGACCAACCGUUGAAUAGUGCAACAGUACGUACAGGACGAAUACAAUUUUAUGUAAGAGUAUUAGACGAAAACGAUAACCCCCCUACAUUUAAUACACAUAAAUUUCAGUUGGAUAUUUUAGAAAAUACACCACCAGAUGAAAUUAUAUUUAUUUUCAAUGCAACAGAUCCAGAUUAUCAGAAUCAUUUAUCUGGAGGAAAUACAUAUCGAAUAAACGAACCUAAUUAUCAUUACAUUCAUCAGCAACAACAACGUCAAAAUUUGUUAAGCAUUCAGUCAACGAACAGAAUUAAAUAUGAGAUUGAUUCAAAUGGACAGCAAUAUUUACGUAUUGAUCCAGACACUGGUAUUUUGUAUAGUAAAGUAAAAAUUGACAAGAAAAUGGUUGAUGAAAUCAAAUUCAAUGUGACUGCAAUGGAUAACGGUCAUCCACCUAGAAAUGUUACGGCUGAAGUAUUUAUCAAUAUUAUAGAUCAAAAUGAUCAUGCACCAAAAUUUGAAAAGCAAAUAUUCUAUUUUAAUUUAUCGGAAGAUUUGCCAGUGAAUUCAAUCGCAGCUAUACUAAUUGCACACGACGAUGACUUUGGACAAAAUGCUGAAAUCACAUAUAAAUUAGAUGACUUACAAGGGAAUGCAAUAAAAACAUUUCGACUUGAUAGAAAUAAUGGAACUUUAUGGUUACGUACCCCAUUGGAUCGGGAAAAAUUAGAUAGUUAUACUUUUAAGGUGUUGGCAUAUGAUCAUGGAACACCAAAACAAAGUUCUUCAUGUCAAGUACACAUCAAAGUUCAUGACGUCAAUGAUAAUGCACCGAAAUUUGUCUAUCCUACUCAUAGUAAUCAUACAGUUUAUGCUUCGGUAUUUACUAACCCAGGAAUUCCUCUAGUUAAAUUAACAGCAACGGAUUCAGAUGAAGGUGUAAAUUCACAGUUAUCCUUUCAUCUUCUUGAUGAAUCAAAGGAAAAAAAUAUUUUUACAGUGGAUCCAGAUACUGGAGAACUAAGUCUGUUACCAACAGUGGAUCCAUUCAAUAUUGGAGGUCGCUAUCAACUGAAGUUUGAGGUACGUGAUAGUGGUACACCGAGUCUCUCAGGAUAUGCAAACAUAAAUAUCAUAUUAGACAGUAACUCACCUCAGUUAUCAGCAUUCAACAAUGGCAAAUACCAACUUACAAAUAUGGAAUCAUUAAAUUCAAGAAAUAGUUACCGCUCAUCAAUUUUGAAAAAUGAUAAUGAAGUAAUUCAUUCAGCAAACAAAGAAUUCGAUGGAAUCCAGUCACGAUAUGACAUCAGGGACUCACAUAUUUAUGAACCAACUUAUGCUCAGACUAUCCUGCCUAUUUCAUCUUAUUCAAAUGAGAAAUAUCGUCGAAAAGAGAGAGUUUCUACACUGACAAAUCAAAAACCCUCGACGCCAUUCAGUUUAGAAAAAAUUUGGAUUUCUGUUAUAUGCCUCAUUGCUAUUUCAACACUAGUUGCAUUUGCUUUCCUUGUCGCCAUUACAUUGGCUCGUCAAAAGGUAGCGAACUAUGAGCUGCAACGGGGUUCAAAUCAUUUAACUGAAAAUUUCAAUUUGUGUCAAACAGAACAAUGUGGUAGUCAAUUUUCUGUAAAUUCACAUCGCUUCACUAACGUCGAUAAUACUUAUUCACCUACGAAAUUUCAAACAUUGGAAAAACAAGAUCAUAAAAUUCACAAUAACAGCUGCAGUAAUCAUGACCCCAAUCUUUAUUCACCAUUUGUCAAGUAUGAUACGUAUACUAAUUCAACCACAGGAUCUGUGCAUCAACUAGGAUUUUGUACAAAAGAAAUGACCUCAAUAAAUACAGAUAUACAGCAUUCAAAACCUAUAUACAAUUACAAUAUUCCAAUAACUGCUAGUUCACUACAAUUUCCAAGAAAAUUUCAAGCAAUACACAAUAAUAAUAAUAAUAAAACUGAAAAUCUUUCUUCAGACAAAUGGAUAUCAUUAAUGCAUGUUCAACAUUCAGCACCGGCUAGUCCAAAUGAUUACUUCAGUCAAAGAUAUAAAACAAUUGAUCCACAUCAAAUGAAUAAAAAUAUGUUAAAUCAAAAGUACGAAAUUCUUCAACCACAUGAAUGUACAAUUGAUGAGUAUAAUAAUAAAAUAUCUAUUAGUCCAAAUUUUGCAAAUGCAUUCCAUUUUAGGUCUAAUGAAACCUAAUAAUAUGGAAUUAUCAAAUUCAAUUAUGACAAAAAAUUUCUGUCUAGAUAAUAAAUCAUUGUUAUAUCUCACACCUAAAGGUAUACUAAAAGGAUGUAUUACAGAAUUAAAUGAAAAUUCACACAGAACUAAUGACAAUAAUAGAAAUAAUGAAGAAUCUAAUAAUGUUGAAGUUGAUAUUGAGAAGAAUAUCAAUGGUAUCAAUAAUCAUUCAUUAUAUUGUUGUAAUUUAGAUAAACAACAACAAACUAUUCAAAUGAAUGAUACUACUCAUAAUAGUGAUAUUAAUGAACAGUUAACAAUAAAAGUAAAUAAAUCUAUCCCAGAUUCAAUUCAUAAUAGAUCAAAUCAAUUAUCGGAAAUAUUUUCAAAUCAAAAUGAUGAACAUAAUCAACAAUUACCAUUGAUAAAUAAAUCUCAUAUAGAACAAAAUUUAUUAAAUUUAAAUACUAAAUAUUCAUCAUCUAAUCCAAUUGUAACUUCUAUAUCUUCACAUGUUUCCACGUUUAUCUAAGAUUUAAUAUUAUUCUCUGUGUAUGUUUAUUUUACCUGUGAAUAUAUAUUCGAUAUUAAACUUAACGCUUGCCAUAUGAGAACUAUAUACUGAAAUAAAGAGCUGAUAUAUGAUAUUAUUAUACAUUUUAUUGUAUGAUUAGAUUUUCUUUUAAAUGUAUGUAUCAAAUAUAAUAACCAAUUGUAUCAUUGAUUUCUGUUAAACAUUGAUUUUUUUUGUGUGUUUCUAAGGGAUUGUACCUAUAGUUUAUUUAUAUUUUAUAAUGUAAAGUACAAUGUUGAAUAGUAAAAUUAAUUAAUUAAUAAAGAUUAAUGAUAAGUUUCCAAUAGAAAUUCUUGUUU